AUUCAAAGGAAAAAACAUGAAAAUUAAAAUCAAGUUACAAUUUUGUAUUGGCAUAAAACAUAUCAGCAAAUAAGAUGUCUGAAAAGGAGGGUAUGUCAGAGGAGCUAGAGGAUACUAUUAGUCAAUUUAGGAAAGAAUCUAGAUCACAGUCAGUGAAGGAGCCUGGCUUUAUUAAAGAAACAUCAAAUUUGAUAAACGAAGCUUCUGAUUACCUGGAAGGGAAAUCUUCUAACCAGAUUUAUGAAACACAUCCUAGACAGAUUACAUUAGAGUCAACAUCUUCCUCUGGAAGCAAGUCUAAGAGAAAUGAAGAACAAAAGAAAAAUCUUCAAUUUUCUGAAACAAGCACUACAACAGAAACUUCACGGAGUUUGUCAUCACUAACUGGGAGGAUUGCAGAAUAUCAGGCUUUGGUUAACUUCCUAUCUCAUGAAACAGUAGGAGAAGUUAGUCCACAAGUCUCUGAAGAAAAUCAGAAACAACUUGGCUUGGGGGCAGAUAACUUUACAGUUAACCUUGAGGCCAAGGGUUUACAGGAAUUUCCUAAGGACAUUUUAAAAAUCAAAUAUGUAAAACAUCUAUAUUUAGACAAGAAUCAAAUCAAAACUUUUCAAGGGGCAGACUCAGGUGAUCUGCUAGGACUUGAAAUUCUAUCCCUGCAAGAAAAUGGAUUAUCAUCACUUCCAUCUGAAAUUCAGUUACUUCAUAAUUUAAGGAUAUUAAACGUCAGUCACAACCACAUAUCACAUAUACCUAAAGAAAUAUCUCAGCUUGGGAAUAUCAGACAACUCUUUUUUUAUAACAAUUACAUUGAAAAUUUUCCUCCUUACUUAGAAUGUCUUGGAAACUUGGAAAUUUUAAGUUUGGGUAAAAAUAAGUUAAGGCAUAUACCAGAUACUCUGCCUAGUUUAAAAUACUUACGGGUUCUCAAUUUGGAAUAUAAUCAAUUAACAAUAUUUCCUAAAGCUCUGUGCUUCCUUCCAAAGUUAAUUUCACUAGACCUUACUGGAAACCUGAUCAGCAGUUUGCCAAAAGAAAUUAGGGAGCUUAAAAAUUUAGAAACACUUUUACUGGAUCAUAAUAAGCUUACCUUUCUGGCUGUAGAAAUUUUUCAGUUACUCAAAAUAAAAGAACUCCAACUGGCCGACAAUAAAUUGGAAGUUAUUUCACACAAAAUUGAGAAUUUCAGGGAACUUAGGAUUCUUAUACUUGAUAAAAAUUUAUUGAAAAAUAUACCAGAAAAAAUAUGUUGCUGUGCAAUGUUGGAAUGCCUUACUCUUAGUGAUAAUAAAUUAACAGAACUUCCUAAGAACAUCCAUAAGCUUAACAAUUUAAGAAAACUUCAUGUAAACAGAAAUAAUAUGGUAAAAAUAACUGACAGUAUCUCACAUCUUAAUAAUAUAUGCAGUCUAGAAUUUUCAGGAAACAUAAUCACAGGUGUUCCCAUUGAAAUAAAAAACUGCCAAAAAAUAAUUAAAAUUGAAUUGAAUUAUAACAAAAUAAUAUAUUUUCCGUUGGGACUGUGUGCUUUAGAUUCUCUUUAUUAUUUGAGUGUUAAUGGAAAUUAUAUUUCAGAAAUACCUGUGGAUAUAUCUUUCAGUAAACAACUGCUUCAUUUAGAAUUGAGUGAAAACAAACUCCUCAUAUUUUCUGAGCACUUUUGUUCUCUUAUUAAUCUUAAAUACCUGGAUCUUGGUAAAAACCAAAUAAAGAAAAUUCCAGCAUCUAUUUCUAAUAUGAUAUCACUCCAUGUACUUAUUUUAUGCUGUAAUAAAUUUGAAACUUUCCCUAGAGAAUUGUGUACUUUAGAAAAUUUGCGAGUACUUGAUCUUUCAGAAAACCAAUUACAGAAAAUCUCUUCAGACAUCUGUAAUUUAAAAGGAAUCCAGAAAUUAAACUUCUCAAGCAAUCAAUUUAUACAUUUUCCUAUUGAACUGUGCCAACUUCAAUCACUGGAACAGCUGAAUAUAAGUCAGAUAAAAGGGAGAAAGUUAACAAGACUUCCAGGAGAGCUAUCUAAUAUGACUCAACUUAAAGAACUUGAUAUCUCAAAUAAUGCAAUCAGAGAGAUUCCAAGAAAUAUAGGAGAAUUGAGAAAUUUGGUUAGUUUACAUGCAUACAAUAAUCAAAUAAGUUAUAUUCCACCAUCUUUGCUAUCUUUAAAUGAUCUCCAGCAACUAAACCUGAGUGGAAAUAAUCUGACAGCUCUACCUAGUGCUAUCUACAAUCUUUUUUCACUGAAGGAGAUAAAUUUUGAUGACAACCCUUUGCUGAGACCUCCAAUGGAAAUCUGUAAAGGAAAACAGUUGUACACUAUUGCACGCUAUCUACAGAGGGCAGAUGAAAGAGAUGAGAAAAUCUUAGAGAAGAUAUUCAAGAUAGUUGCCAACAACAUCACUGAAACCAAUUUUGAAUUUUUAUGUCAAAAACUAAACCUGGCAAACUCAGAAACUGAUAUGCCUACAAAGAGCACUGUUUCAUUAAGUGAGAGAGUCCACCAAGCACUUGUUAUAUGGAAAACACAGAGUAACAAAUUAUCACUAACUGCUGCUGCUUUAAGAGAUCAACUAAUUCGAGCACUAACUAUGAUAGGAGCAUAUGAAAUUAUCGACAAAAUAACAGCUUUAAAUCUUUUUACACGUGCAAUUAAAUUCUAACCAG